CAGGUGUUCCAAUCCCCUCCAUAUCAUGUGAUUCAGGUGUUUCCAAUCCCUCCAUAUCAUGUGAUUCAGGUGUUCCAAUCCCCUCCAUAUCAUGUGAUUCAGGUGUUCCCAAUCCCCUCCAUAUCAUGUGAUUCAGAUGUUUCAAUCCCCACUCCAUAUCAUGUGAUUCAGGUGUUCCAAUCCCCUCCAUAUCAUGUUGAUUCAGGUGUUCCAAUCCCCUCCAUAUCAUGUGAUUUCAGAUGUUUCAAUCCCCUCCAUAUCAUAGUCAACAGCUAAAGACCUCCAAACUUGGUGUGGCCUUCAGAUGAGCCCAACAACAGUGCGUAGAGAGCUUCAUGGAAUGGGUUUCCAUGGC